AUGGCCGACAAUCAAGCCAACACGGCAUCUGCCAAUGAUCCUGCGCCCGCCAGUGAUCCUCCAGCUCCCAAUGGCCCUGGUAUCAAUACCGGCCCUGUCAUUGUGGCUGAUGACGAUGCAAGGACUCUUGGGAAAACUACAGCAGCUAGCGUGGCGUCUUCAAGCGCAAGCUUGGCCAGUUCGAUCCUCCGACACCGCAUUGAGAACGGAAGGACUUACCACAAGUAUAAGGAUGGCAAAUAUGCCUAUCCCAACGACGAGAAGGAAAACGAUAGACUAGACUUGCAGCACAACAUCUUUCUCCUUACACUUAACUACAAGCUGGGUCUUGCCCCUCCGAAUGAUGAAAAUUAUGGGGUCAAACGUGUUCUUGACAUUGGAACGGGCACUGGGUUAUGGGCCAUUGACUUUGGGGAAGAGCACCCAGAAGCUGAGGUCAUUGGUGUUGAUCUCACCCCGGUUCCCACUGCACUCAUUCCACCCAAUGUAAAAUUCGAGGUUGACGAUAUUGAAGAGCCCUGGAUGUACAGCCAACCCUUUGACUAUAUCCACACCCGUGCCAUGACUUCAAGCAUUGCCAACUGGGGAAAGUUUCUCAAGCAAAUCUACGACGGCCUUGCACCUGGCGGUUAUGUUGAGUUGUUUGAGGGUAACUUUCGACCUGAGUGUGAUGAUGGGACUCUGACUCCUGAACACGCUCUCUCGGAAUGGGUCGAUAAGUUCGAAGAAUGCGGUAGGAUCUUGGGCCGACUCAUUAUUGAUGUGCCAAGUCUUGUGCCCAUACUGAAUGAGAUUGGGUUCGUCGAUGUGACCAUUGUUAAGUACAAGUGGCCUAUCAAUCCUUGGGCAAAAGAUCCACACUAUCGGGAACUUGGAAGCUGGUGCUUGGAGAACUUACUGGAGGGCAUCGAGGGCUUUAGCAUGGGACCUUUUACGAGAUGUCUUGAAUGGACUAGGGAGGAAGUCAACGUAUUUCUCAUCGAUGUCAGGAAAGAUCCGAAGGACAAAAGCAUACACGCCUACAGCCCUCUGUGGACGAUCUAUGCCAGAAGGCCGCUUGAGGAACCGCAAGAGCCAGUACCAACUGUUUAG